GUGCAACCGUCCUCAAAUUCUGGCGUUGCUGAUGUUCGUUCUCGCAUUUGUUAUUUUGUUUCGUGUUCGUCGGAGACCCGGACUCCGGAGCAAGUAGGCCCUAUCAAUAAUAGUAUCAUUGACUUUUUGGUUCAUUGUGUUUGUAGGCAUUGUAUCUAAUACUGCAUGCAAUGGAUUACAAGAUUAUCUGCGUUAAAAGGCCCUUGGAAUCAGAGCCUUUAGAUGAAAUUAAUGUGAAUUGUAAGAGAAGUAAAUUGGAAACUCCAUUUACUCUGCCUUUGGUAACAACAUUGAAAUCUAAAGAAGAAAAUCUUGCUCCUGUCAUCAAAAACAUCAUUUUGAAAUGUAAACAAGAAAAGCUACAACGUCUACAAGAACAGAAGGGGCUAAGCUACUCUGACCUUUUCAAGUACAAAACCAAUAAAUUAAAGCCAAGAAAAACAACUGUCAAUUCAGCUGCUUCUUCUAAACGCUAUCAAAUUGUCAACAAGCGUCGGGGCCUUGAUGAAUUAGAUAUGGAAUCACGGCAAUUCUUAGCUACCACAGACAGAUUUAAACUGGGCUUGGGAGGAAGUUCUGACUGCAGGAACGAUCAAAAAUCAUUACCUUCAACUCCUGAUGAAACAAAAAAUUGUGCAAGCAGUGAUGAUGGCCUCAACAUCGAAGUGCUGGAUGUGGAUAUUAUACCACCUGAAGAGGAUAUGAUAUGCAUGAAUGGGGUACCUCUAGAAAACUCCUUUGUGUACGACAUAUUUCUCACUCAAGUGCCACAAGGAUUUGCUGCUGAAGACUUUGACAUCUAUCAAGCUGCAAAUGCUCCCGUGUACAUGCCGGACAAUGAUGAGGAUGAUGAAGAUGGUAACGAAUCUGAGGACUCGAAUGCUGAGAACUUCUAUGGCAAUGACUACCCUGAUGAAGAGAGCUCUGAUGAUGCUGAGUCUGAUGAUGAAGUGAUGAACUCCCGCAGCCGGUGCUGGGAUGCCGAUCUGUCUUCAAUGAUGGAGGAAAGCUUAAACCUCGCCAGCGGCAGCGGCAAGAGGAAGAAGCAGACCUACAUGGACGUGUCUGUGCCUGACGACAUCAGAGGCAUGCUGGACUGGAGGAAACUCGACCGCGCCGCCAGGGGCGACGACGACGACGACAGCAACGAGAGCAGCAUUUAUGACGAGGACGUUUAUGGCUUCAAAUGAGCUCCGUGCAGCUAAUUUCUACCAACGUAGAGAUUAGUUCAGCUCUGUGCAGCUAAUCUCUACCAACGUAGAGAUUAGUUCAGCUGUGCAGCUAAUUUCUACCAACGUAGAGAUUAGUUCAGCUCUUUGCAACUAAUCUCUACCAACUUAGAGAUUAGUUGAGCUCUGCGCAACUAAAACCAACGUAGAGAUUAGUUGAGCUCUGCGCAGCUAAUCUCUACCAACGUCGAGAUUAGUUAAGCUCUGCGCAACUAAUCUCUACUAACGUCGAAUAUGUUCAUUCUCUUACCACGCUAAUCAACAUUUGCUACCAACACUUGAUGGCAGCUCUUCUAUUGAAGUGAUAGAAGAAUUUGAGCGCAAGAAGGAACAGCGAAACUAUGGCCUACCAGUCAUAAAGCUUAUUAUUUUGUAAUUAUAACGAAUGUUCUAUUUUACAACGAAUAGUUAAGUGCGGACAUGAAAAAAUUUGUAAUAUGUUGACGAGACAGUAGUAAGUUUAUAUGAUUACCUGGACGUGCAUUAUUUGACUAUGUUUCAAUGGGCAUGCCAAUUUAAGUUUUUAGGAACAGCAAAAAAGAUGAGUUUAUUCUAUGAUAGGUUAUGCAGGGAUAAGUGUAAAAGUCCUAACAAUCUGUACCUUUUCAUUCGUUUGAUUUAGAUAUUUUACGGUAAACAACAAGUUACUGUAAUCCUCCACUAGACCUAAUAAAUUUAGCAAGAAAUGUGGACAAUCGUGGGAGAUAACCGGCCUGCAGGAAGUCUCAGACUCUCACACCACUAAGAUGUUUUAAUCGAGAAUCGAUUUAUUCUAAAUGUUCAAUGUGAAAGAGAAUAUAAAACAUUGAUCUUUCUUCCUAUAAGCUAUUAUUAUCUUCAUACCUUUCUCUGUUUCCUAUUUUGUUCGGCAGUGCAAGAAGCUUUCGAAUAAUAAGGAAUUUUGUUUUGUAAUUUAAGAAAUUUACUUCACCAAAUCGUUACUUUUCGUGAAUAUUCAUUAAAUUAUAGUGCCAUC